AAAGCCAUGUAAUUUUCCCCCCACUUGACACCAAGAGUUGUUUUGUUUCUGCCCUGCUGAGGUUAUUUACUUAUUAUUACCAAUAAUACUAAAACAAAAAAAUAAUGAGUGAAAAAAAGAAAAACAAGAAAUCGAAAGAGGAAAUUGCAAAGGAGUUUGACCUGCCGGAACGCAAAUCAAAGAUAGCAACAAUAAUGAAACAAGAUGGCCAGGCUUACUGUAUAUGCCGCACUUCUGAUUGUUCCAGGUUUAUGAUAUGUUGUGAUGGUUGUGAGGAAUGGUACCAUGGUGAUUGUAUUAAUAUUACCGAAAAAGAAGCAAAACACAUCAAACAUUACUAUUGCCAGAGAUGUAAGGAGGAAGAUCCCACUUUGCAGACGGUGUUUCGCGUUGUUCCCAUGGAGAAGACUGCAAAUCCCUUGGGCAAUGCAACGGCCAUUCCCAUGGAACAAGAGAAACGGAAGAAAUCCAAAGAUCUAACAGCUUUAGGGGAAGCUGGCAAAUUAGUCACGUCCAAGGUUAAUCGUUGUGGCACCUGUGAGGGUUGCCGCACUCCCAAUUGUAAUGUGUGCGAAGCUUGCCGCAUUCGAGUGGGCCAUAAACCUCGUUGCGAAAGACGAGUGUGUCUGGUACAGAUGCAAGCUGAAAUGUCGGGACAAGCUCCAGUGACAGUGACAAGAACUGUUAAGGAGAGAAAAAAGGAGAAACCCAACAAAGAUCGUCAAAGAAAACGAAAAAGGUCAUUGACUCCGGAAGUUUUUCUUAACCCAGACUUGGACGGUGUGCGGCAAUGCUAUGGACCCAGCUGUAGGCACAAUGCUCGUCCUCAGUCCAAGUACUGCAGUGACGAGUGUGGCCUUAAUUUGGCUACAGCUCGUAUAUUUCAGGUUUUGCCCCAGCGCGUGCAGGAAUGGAAUUUGACCCGUUGCCGGGCAGAGGAGGAGAACAAAAAACAAUUGGAUCAAAUCAGAUCAAAGCAAGCCUUGGUUCGCUUUGCUUUGGCCGAAUUGGACAAACGACACCAGGAGCUUGAUAUGAUUGUGGAAAGGGCUAGACACAGCACGCUGGAUCCCAAUUUAAAGGAACACAACGACAUUGAAGACGAACAAUCUAUGUACUGUAUAACCUGUGGCCAUGAAAUACAUUCCCGCACAGCCAUCAAACAUAUGGAAAAGUGUUUUAACAAAUAUGAGUCCCAAGCCUCGUUUGGUAGCAUCUUCAAAACACGCAUCGAAGGUCAAUCGAUGUUUUGUGACUUCUAUAAUUUCGCCAGCAAAACCUAUUGCAAACGUCUGAAGGUCCUGUGUCCAGAGCACUGCAAAGAUCCCAAAGUUAGCGAUACCGAUGUAUGCGGUUGUCCUUUGGUUUCCAAUGUUUUCACACCCACAGGGGAAUUUUGUAGAGCGCCCAAGAAAAGCUGUUACAAGCAUUAUGUGUGGGAGAAAAUACGUCGAGCCGAGAUUGAUUUGGAAAGGGUGCGCCAGUGGCUGAAAAUGGACGAACUACUGGAACAGGAAAGGCAAAUACGCCAUCAAAUGGCUUCGCGUGCAGGCGUUCUAGGUCUUAUGCUCCAUUCCACAUACAAUCACGAAGUCAUGGAGGAGUUGUGUCGACAACAGCAACAAUUGGCAGCUGCCCAACAGCAAAAGCAGCUACUCGAUAAACAGGAAAUGCAUAUCAUGCAGUAAUCGUAGCCAUCCAUCAGCACUCACCGCUGACUGAUUGCUCGUACCCAAAACGAACUUCUGUAAUCUUAAUUGUUUUUUAGUGUCAAAGAAAGAAACAGAGUACAAUUAUCAGAGAUAACUUCCAAAAUAAAAAGAAUGAAUAAUAACAACAACAAUAUGAAGAUUACCCAAAUAUUAAGGGGUUAUUAUUUAAUUAUUAAA